CGGAAUGGCUGUCGCCCCAACUCUAUUGCACAUGUAAUUUCGAGUAGUGUAGUUUUCCCUAUUGAUGAGAAGACAAGCUCGUGCCAUGUUGUUGCAAGAAGAAGUGGUCAUACGGUCGGAUUUACUCGGCUUUGCUAUCUUCUAGGAUUGGCUCUUCGCCGCCUGCCAGUCGGAAAGCAGGAACAGAACGAGCAAGUUCAGCUAUAACACUCCAAAGCUCCCCACCAAUAGGCCUCUGGUUACUUACUUACAUUCGCCUCAGUCAAUACCUAAUUCCUCUUUUCUUGACAUCAAGAUGUAUUCCAGAAACCUUGCCAUACUUCUCCUUAGCGGCUCUCAGCUUGCUUUGGGUGCUGUUGUCCAAAAGACUCAUGAGCGUCGAGGCGCUACACCGAGUUAUCCUUACGAUGACAAAUCCACCGAGUAUUGCACUUGGUGGCAUGACUACGACGUGAAGACCCCAUGUGAUGACCUUCUGGAGGUCAAUCAGAUCGAUAUGGAGCAGUUUAGGCGCUGGAACCCUUCCAUCAAGGAAAACUGCGAAGGUUUGACUGUAGGUCGAUCUUACUGCGUUGAGGCCAUGUUUGAGCCUGGUACCAAUCCAGAACCGGAGCCAGAACCUUCAUCAACAAAGGCACCCCAGCCGUCACCAACCAAGCCUUCGAAUGGUAUCGAAACUCCAGACCCCGUUCAGCCUGGCAUUGUCAGCAACUGCGACAAGUUCUACUUCGUCAAGAAGGAUGAUGAUUGCGCCGGUAUUGCAUCCAAGCAUGGCAUCACUCUGGCUCAGUUCACCAAGUGGAACGCAGGUACUGGAAGCACUUGCACCGGACUCUGGGCAGAUACAUACGCUUGUGUAUCUAUCAUCGGUCAAGAGCCUUCACCUACCAGUACCAAGCCUACCGCCACCAACGGCAUCGAGACGCCGUCGCCUAUUCAGGAUGGCAUGGUCAAAAAUUGCAACAAGUUCCACCUUGUGAAAACAACAACAACUUGUACGUCUAUUGAGGACUAUUACAAGCUGCCUUUGGCCACCUUCAAGAAAUGGAAUCCCGCAGUAGGCUCGGACUGCCGCACGUUGCUAGCAAAUUACUAUGUUUGCGUGAGCACUGUCGACUACAAGCCGGAGCCUGCGACCACCUCGAAGCCCUCUCCAACCCAACCGACAAAUGGCAUUACGACUCCUUCUCCAAUCCAAGAUAAUAUGAACAAGAACUGCAACAAAUUCCAUCUGGUCAAAUCAACAACAACAUGCGCCUCGAUCCGCGACUAUUACAACGUUCCUCUGAAGGACUUCUACUCUUGGAACCCGAGUGUGGGCUCCUCAUGCCAAUCGCUGCUGGCAAGUUACUAUGUCUGUGUCUCUAUAGUCGGCUGGAAGCCAGCCCCUUCUCCAACAACCACCACCGGUAACGGCAUCUCGACCCCUUCGCCAAUCCAGACCGGAAUGACGACCAAGUGCAACAAGUUUCAUCUGUCUACUAAAACUACUACUUGCUCGUCAAUCCAGAACUACUACCAGAUCACUAUGGCCCAGUUGGUAGAGUGGAACCCGGCAAUUGGCUCCAAGUGUACAGCCUUGUGGGCUGACACCUAUGUCUGUGUGGGUGUUAUCGGACAGAAGCCGACUACAACCCAGCCUCCCAAGGGUAACACAACUCCUACACCUGUACAAGCCGGUAUGAUCAGCAAUUGCAAGAAAUUUCAUCUUGUCAAGUCGACAACAACGUGUACCUCUAUCCAGGACUACUACAAGAUCACUAUGGCACAACUGGCGAAAUGGAACCCUGCUGUUGGGUCUAAGUGUACGGCUCUUUGGGCAGAAUAUUAUGUGUGCGUUGGGGUUUAAUUUUCUGGUUUGUAGCAGUGCGCGUGGGUCUAGGCUGCGGCUUGAGCUGAGGUAGCUGUUUUGGUGGAGCUGAAGGCGGAUGAAUACAAAAUUUGGACAGCUAUUAAUUUCUAGUGAUCUGAGGUGUAACUCUUUAUUAUUAUGUUUCUAGUGAUAGCUCUUUAUUACGGAUCUUGCUAUUUGAUUUCUCUUUAUUCUUGUCCCUUAUACACAGGGCGGUCAAUCGAGAUAGAUACGUUGGUAAAGAAUUUACUUGUAAUUGAAUUGUAA